AUGAAAAUGUCUACUCGACCCAUGAACGUGGUUGAAUUGAAAAGAUUGGCUAUACAGAAACUUCCAAAUAUGUGUUACCAGUGCCACGCAGGCGUGCCACGAGGAACAGAUGAGGCCAAUGCAUUAGCCCAUGGUGCCCACCCUGUCCUUGGUAAUUCUUCUUCUAAACCAGUGAACGUGAAUGAGUUCGAAGAAUUGGCUCGGUUGGCACUUCCAAAAAUGUACUAUGAUUACUACGCUGGGGGAGCCGAGGACGAACACACGCUUAGAGACAACAUACAAGCUUUCCAUAGAAUCACGAUUCGGCCUCGAGUUCUGGUGGAUGUGAGCCAAGUUGAUAUGUCAACCACCAUAUUGGGCUAUCCCAUCUCUGCACCUAUCCUCCUUGCUCCCACUGCUUCGCACAAGUUGGCUAUCCCGGAAGGAGAACAAGCCACAGCCAGAGCAGCCGCUGCCGCCAAAACAAUAAUGAUUCUGUCAUACUCUUCCUCCUGUUCAAUAGAGGAAGUUGCCUCCAGCUGCAACGCUGUCCGUUUCUUCCAAUUAUAUAUCUUCAAGAGACGUGAUAUCUCAGCUCUCCUAGCACAAAGAGCCGAGAGACAUGGAUACAAAGCAAUUGUCCUAACAGCUGAUACUCCUCGACUAGGUAGAAGGGAGGCCGACAUAAAGAACAAGAUGAUUUAUCCCCCAGAGAAGAAUCUUGAAGGCCUCAUAUCAAUUAACAUUCAAUGUGUGGAUCAAGGUUCAAAGUUAGAAACUUUUGCCAACCAGAUGAUGGAUGCGUCUCUGCGGUGGGAAGAUAUAAGGUGGUUGAGAUCAAUUACUAGUUUGCCAAUUCUGAUAAAGGGGAUUCUCACUCAUGAAGAUGCAACUAGAGCAGUGGAAGCUGGUGUUGAUGGAAUUAUUGUCUCUAAUCAUGGAGCUCGUCAACUAGACUUUGCUCCUGCCACUGUUUCUGUCCUUGAAGAGGUUGUUGAUGCUGUGAAGGGCAAAGUUCCUGUGCUCUUAGACGGAGGGGUGCGGCGAGGUACAGAUGUGUUUAAGGCACUAGCCCUUGGUGCCCAGGCAGUGCUAAUAGGGAGACCAGUUCUGUUUGGGCUGGCAGCAAAGGGAGAAGGAGGGGUAAGAACAGUGCUGGAGAUGCUGAAGAAUGAGUUGGAGACUAGUAUGGCACUUGCUGGGUGCCCGUGCAUCAGGGACAUUACUAGAAGCCAUGUCAGGACAGAGCAUGAUAGGCUGCCGUCAAUGCUUUGAUGUGCUUGCUUGAUAGCAAAAGCAACAGAUUCCAGAAAUUUGAAGGGGUGGGAAUAGUGGAAAGGAAUGAGUAACUCAAAAUUCAGUUCAUGUUUUCAAAUAUUUGAAAAUUUAUGAUGAAUAAAGUUUACUUAUGAUUUGAGC